GCGUCAUGGCGGGGUUGGCCAGUCCCCAAAAUUUUUUUUCUCUGGGUUGAUGGAGGGGCACCAAAGCACGGCGUCAAAAUUCAACUUUUUUUUUUAUCUUGGCGCGUGGAUCUGAGUUUCAACCACGAUAAGGAACCAAUUUAUCGACCUCCUUCCAGAUCUUAAUACACGAAUACACAAUGUCGAAGCGAACCGCCGACGCCGAUCUUGGCGAUGCGCCCCUCAAGGGCGGCGACCGUCCCGAGAAGAUGGAUGUCGAUGACAACACCAAGGAUAUGGGCGAGUUUGAGGACGAAUUUGAGGAUGAGUUUGAGAGCGAGGACGAGAUUCUUGAGGCUGGUGUCGAUGGAAGACCUGAUGCUGAGCGCGAGGCUGAAGAGAAGGACGCAAUGGACGUCGACCAAGACCAAGGAACCUUUAUCGUCGGCAGAAGCAAACUCGAGCCCGGCCAGACCCUCGCUCCCGAUCUGACUACCUACGAGAUGCUGCACAACCUCAGCACCCCAUGGCCCUGCCUGUCCUUCGAUAUCGUGCGCGAUGGCCUCGGCGACAAUCGCAAGGCAUACCCUGCCACCAUGUACACCGUCGCUGGUACUCAAGCCGAGAACGCCAAGGCAUCUGACAACCAGAUCAUGGUGAUGAAGUUUAGUGGAUUGAGCAAGAUGGACCGUGGCGACGAGGGUUCCGACUCGGAGGACGAUGACGACGAGGACUCUGACCCUAUCCUUGAGAGCAAGUCAAUUCCUCUCAACUCGACCACCAACCGUAUCCGCGCCCAUCAGAUCCCCAGCCAAGAAGCUGGACGACCUGGAACUACACUUACGGCGACCAUGACCGAGUCUACCAACGUCUUCAUCCACGACAUCACCCCUCACCUCGCCUCGUUCGACAACCCCGGAACCACCAUCACCCCCCAGCAGAACAAGCCCAUCUCUACCGUCCGCGCGCACAAGAGCGAGGGUUACGCCCUCGACUGGUCCCCCAUGAUCCCCGGCGGCAAGCUGCUGACCGGCGACAACGACGGCCUCAUCUACGUGACGACUCGCACCGACGGAGGCGGCUGGGUCACAGACAACCGGGCCUUCCAAGGCCACACGAGCAGCGUCGAGGAACUGCAAUGGUCGCCUUCUGAGCAAUCUGUGUUUGCUUCCGCCUCGAGCGACGGCACCAUCCGCGUGUGGGACGUCCGAUCCAAGUCUCGCAAGCCCGCCAUCACGAUGCAGGUGUCCAACGUCGACGUCAACGUCAUGUCGUGGUCCCGUCAGACGUCGCACCUGCUCGCCUCUGGCGCCGACGAUGGUGUCUGGGGCGUGUGGGACCUCCGGCAGUGGAAGGCCAGCUCGGACAAGCCGCAGCCCAUCGCCAGCUUCAACUUCCACAAGGAGCAGAUCACCAGCGUCGAGUGGCAUCCGACCGACGACUCCAUCGUUGCCGUGGCCGCCGGCGACAACACGGUUACGCUGUGGGAUCUUGCCGUCGAGCUGGAUGACGAAGAGAGCAAGGACACUGCUGGUGUCAAGGAUGUGCCGCCUCAGCUGCUGUUUGUGCACUACCUCAAAGACGCCAAAGAGGUUCACUGGCACCCUCAGAUCACGGGUAGCUUGGUGGCUACUGGAGAGGAGUUUAGCGUGUUCAGGACCAUCAGCGUCUGAUUUCUCUGAGUAAAGAGACAUUGGUGUCUUUAUCAUGGAGUGAACUCAUGGGAUGUGCGGUAAACGAUGGAAGGAUAAAAUGUAGAAGACAGGUUCAAGGGUGACCUGUCAUUGAUUGAACGGCAUGGCACGGCGCAUAAUGAGAUCUGAUACAACAAGAUGGAUUUUGAUAGAGGCAAUGGCAAUUGUUUGGUUUAG